AUGGGGCAAACAAGCAGACUAACCAAGUUGCGGGCCAUUCCUAAUAAUGGAACCAUCCGAUACCUUGGCCCCUUCAAUCGAGGACGCUUUUUCCUAACGACCCCAGAGACCUUGGCGGAUGUUCUUGUGAACCGCGCUUACGACUGGGAGAAGCCUAAACACUUCAGGACCAACCUUGGUCGAAUUCUCGGUUUCGGCCUUUACUUUGCCGAAGGCGACGUACAUCGCAUCCAGCGCAAGGCGUUGACGCCUGUUUUCAAAUCUCGCCACAUCCGCGACGAUCUGUACCCCAUCUUUUGGGCCAAGGCGUGCGAGUGCGUGGCAGAGUUAAUUAAACACAUCAGCACACGGCACAAAGACGACUGGGGACCGAAAGCGUCAGGGAAGGGCAAUCCUGUCAGUGGAACGGUCGAGGUCUCAGGUUGGGCAUCUCGCGCGACGCUGGAUAUUAUCGGUGUUGCGGGGCUAGGGCACGAUUUUCAGGCUCUGAAGAGCCCGGAAGGGGAACUCAUCCAGGCGUACAGCAAGAUCUUUGCGCCGAGUUCUCACAGCUGGACGUUGUUUAUCCUGGGGAUGAUCUUCCCUCCGUGGGUGGUGUCUUUGGUGCCACUGAAGGCGAAUAGGGAUAUCAAGGCUGGUGUCAAGUCCGUUCGCAAUGUGUGUCGGCAGCUGAUCAAGGAAGCUUCAGCUGGUGACGCAAGGAAAGCUGACGGGGGUUGGAUAUACUGUCUGUCACUCUCCAGUCAGAUGCAUUUUUACCAUGACACGGAGGCCCUCGUCGAUCAGCUGAUGACCUUCCUCAUCGCGGGCCACGAGACGACGGCUGCGGCAAUGACCUGGGUAAUCUACCUCUUAGCAGUUUACCCCGAUAUCCAAGAAACAUUGCGACAGGAAGUCCGAGAAAACCUCCCCUCGCCGGCCUGGGGGCAAGGUAUCACAAAGCACAACAUCGACCGCCUACCCUAUCUAACCACCGUCUGCCUCGAAGUACUGUGGUGUUUUCCUCCCCUGCCACUGACCGCGCGCGUGGCGAUCCGCGACACAAGGAUUGGAGAUGUGCACAUCCCGGCUGGGUCAGAAGUCUUUCUUGUGCCCUGGGCGAUUAAUAAGAGUGAGAGGCUUUGGAGCAAGGACGCGUUGCACUUCAAUCCUCGCUGGUGGCUCAAGACUGUUCCGGCGCGCUCUCCCAUUGAGGAUGGUGGCGACAGGGAAACUGAGAAUAUCAAACCGUUUGGGGUUGCUAAUUUUGCGAAGGAAGAGUUCACGUGUCUCCUGGCUGCCUGGGUAGGCCGCUUCAAAAUGGAGUUGCACGACCCAGAGCUGGCGGUUUACAAGAAUGUCAAGAUCGGAGGCGGGAUCACCGCCAGACCUAACAAGGGCAUGUACAUCAACAUGACUGUGUUGGAUGGUUGGUAA